AUGCUCAUUCUCAGGUUGCUCAAUGUGGUUGCCCCAGUCUACUUCUUGUGCAUCUCCCUGGUGACCUUCAUCCUGCAGCUCUUCCUCUUCCUCCCCAACAUGUUCAAGGACCCCACAAUCACCCCUCUCUUCUCUCCGGCUCUGCUGCAUGGAGCUCUCUUCCUCUUCCUUUCUGCCAAUGCUCUGGGCAACUACAUCUUGGUGAUUCAGAACUCACCUGAAGAUCUGGGCACCCGAAGGAAUGCAAGGGCUAAAGGAGUGGGCACCCCUUCUGAGUGGCCAGAGGCAGGCAGGAAGGCCUCAUCCUCCUCGCAGAGCACCCACUUUUGCAGGCUCUGUGCUAGGGUGACCCUGAGACACGACCAUCACUGUUUCUUCACAGGAAACUGCAUCGGGAGCAGAAACAUGCGAAACUUCAUCAUGUUUUGCCUCUAUACAUCCUUGGCUUGUCUCUACUCCAUGGUGGCUGGAGUGGCCUAUAUCUCUGCAGUACUCUCCAUCUCCUUUGCCCACCCUUUGGCCUUCCUCACACUCCUGCCUCACUCCAUUAGCCAGUUUUUCUCAGGAGCUGUCCUUGGUUCUGAAAUGUUUGUCAUCCUCAUGCUAUACCUCUGGUUUGGGAUUGGAUUGGCUUGUGCUGGCUUCUGCUGCCAUCAACUUCUGUUGGUGCUCAGGGGACAGACCCGACACCAGGUGCGGAAGGGGAUGGUGGUUCGUGCCCGACCCUGGAGGAAGAAUCUGCAGGAGGUCUUCGGAAAGAGAUGGCUCCUGGGCCUUCUGAUCCCUAUGCUCAAUGUGGGAAGUGAAUACCCUCAACAUAAGGGCAAAUAA